AUGACUGAAGCUUUUCUUCAAAGUUUAGAGAUCAAGAAACUGGAAAAUGGCUACUACGGUGCAAACCUCAGUGUCUUUACAUCUGCUGUAAAUUAUAUCAAAAAUGGUGGAUCACGCGUAGGUUUUCCAUUUUUUAAGAGUGAUAAGACAAAUACUAUAAUAGAAGCAAAGCAAAUUGAAUACGUUUAUAAUUUCAUUCAAGCAAUAUACCAAAAAGAGAUUAAAGAGCCAUUUUCAAUUGAUUUGUUUAAGAAAUGCAUUCAAGAAACAACAACAGAAGAAAAUCAGCAGCCACAGAAUACUCCAGAACUUCAAGCUGCUCCUGAUGUCCUCCCUGCAGCACCAAUACAAGAAACAAUACCAGCACAGCCAGAAGUACCACCAACCAAUAACAAUCAGCAACAGCCACCGUCACAAAGGCCAAGAAGAGUACCUAAAAAACAGCAACCAGAAGCCCCUCCAGUUGUUCAACAAACAAACGAAAAUAAUGGUUAUACAAUAGAAGAUGGAGUUCUUUCAUUCCAUACAGCUCAAUUUUCAGAAGAAAUAAAAAAGGAGCUUUGCAGGAUCCUUGGUAUUUCACCUGCUUUAGGUUUCAGUACAAUAGAAUUUCAAACUAAUUAA